GCGCCCCCCAGGCCGCCGCCGCCUCCCCCUGCAGCCGCGGCCAGGUCGCCUCCUCAGGCCCGGCGCCAGCUCGCCUUCUCCGCCUGCCCCCGCCCUCCCCCGGCGUCCGCGACCUUCCCCGGCCGCCGCGGCCCAGCGCCGCCAGCUCUCCUCCCCCGGCAGGUACCCGGCCGUCGUGCAGCAGCAGGGUUAGAGUCACAUUAUGGCUUCAGAGGAACUGAGAACAAGCUUUUCAGAUUUGGUUGUGGGUUCGUCAUCUCAGACAGACAGCCAAAUCGAUUCUUCAGGUGAUCCAUUGUCUCAGGGAGGUGUACAAAUUACUUGCUUCACAGAGGAUCUGCAUGACGUUAUCCUUCAUUUUCAGAUAAUAAGGUUCUCUAAGCAGAUCUAUGCUUGGGUUGGAUGCAACACAGCGAAGUUUGGCCAUCUAUAUGCAGCUGCAACCACUCGUCCGGGUAAUGGAGUGAGUGUCACCUCUGUACUAGGAGGAACCUCUGAUAACACUGGUUCAGGCAUGGCUCGUCGCUUAGUGCUGAAGACAGGUUUAAACAUAGUUCUCGCAUGCAACAUUCCAAAAGACAGUCCCAUUCUCGAGGCUGCUGCAGAGAGGAAGCUGAUAGAGAAAUUGAGAGGUUUAGGUUAUGCCAGACCCAAAGCAGGAGAGGCCAACACUUUCACGGCACAAUGAUGAGUACCUUUGAGCUCAGGUAGUUAUACUGUAACCUAUCAUCAAGAACAGAAACCUUGUGAUCUGCUAGCACCUCCAUUCUGUGAUCAGGAUAUCAAAUAUUCUGAACUACUACACGUAUGUCAACCUUAAGGCUCACGAAGCACAUGUGGUAUCGGUCCUGAAGCUCUGUAGGUGGUUGGCAACUGCGACGUAUUUAUGGAUUGAUCAAAAACAUUAUCUAUAUGCAGAUCAUUUAUCAGUGCCUAAAGCCAAAUCUUGCGUCAAGGCAUUUGUUGAAUUUUCUGAUGUUCUUGUAUCCUCGGAGUGGUUGUUUGAAGUUUGUAGAGCGAUUCUAUGGGUAAGAAACUUUUCAUACCACGGUUGUACGUAGGAAUAAGUCCGCUGAACGUUCCUCAAUUAAACGUGCAGUCUAUUUUACCUCCCUCAACCCAAAUUCCAGAUAUGUGUACCUCUCAUCUUGUCCUUAUCAUACAUCCAA